AAUAUAUCUGUUCAAUCUUCUGUUGAUCAUUCAACUUUCUAAUAAUUGCUUUGUGAACACAAGACAAAGUGAAAUCAUGAAGCCUAAAAAGGUUACUGUGAACAGUUUAAUAUUUCGGUCAGAUUUACAUAAAUACAGGAAGAUAUUUCGCGCCAUUUUUACAAGACUCCUGCUGGUGGCACACUGUAGUAUUGCUAUAGUUUUGGCUGGACGAAUUGACUCUAGAUAUUAUGGCAUUUUCGCUCCAAGCAUCUUCUUAUUUCUGGCUGAGGCUGGCAUUAUUCUAUAUUUCAGAUGGGGAUGUGAAUGGAAAAGAAUAUGCACGUGUUUCUGUGUUUACCUGUUGACAUUGGUACCAGUCCUUUGGAUCCUCCGAUUGCACGAGACAGAAGACCCUGUACAUACCAACAGUACUCAAACUAGCAAUGUAACAACAACAACAACAACAGAAACAGUAGAAACGACAGCGGUUUUGAAUAGCACUGGUCCUAUAUCAUUGCGAUCAACGGCUCUGCAAAAGCUCCGUGAAGUAGGAGUGACGUCAUUAAUGGAGCAGUCAAUGAUGUUUCUCAUUAUACUCUGCCGAUGGCUUUUACCACGCGGUAGAAUAGACAGAAAUUCUCUCUCACAACUUCUCAUCAUGUACUCCGCCAUCAGUGCAGACACACUGGAUUUCUCUGAGAUUUUUAACAAGGGUAAGAUAAAGCACAGCGGUUUUUUCAGAUACGUUGUGCUUGGCGUGUGGUCGUGGAGUCUCGUGCAGUUUAUCAUCGUCAUUACUACGUCAUUUGCAAUCAGACGUCAAGAACGCCAUGCUGGAUCUAGGAGCCAGGAUAGAUCAGAGAUACUGUCAGUUCUAAUGGUGCUUUUCAUGCAAGAUGGACCAUUUCUCGGAGCAAGGUGCUACGCAAUAUUCUACGUUCAUGUUUUUGAGUACCUUAUCAUUUUCUUUUCUUUGAAAAAUAUGCUGACACUGGUUCUGGGAUUUUAUCGGCUGCUUGUUCUGUGUGACUGUAUAAGUACGGAAGGACAUGAUUUGUUGAGAAAAUCGGAGAUCGCGCGGAGCAUGGAGUCACUUGACGAUUUAGAUACAGACACUUUUGAGCCAAAAAAGAAAGGGAAAAAUAGCAAAAUUACAAGAAAGAAGACAAGGUUUUAAUUUGAAACUUAAACUUGUGGUUUUCUAUUAGAUCUAGAUCUGUUUUAUGUAUUCAUUUUGAUAUUGAAAACUAUUUUUACAGAGCCUACCUUUCGAAAUUAAAGACGUUCAAAACAAAAUGUUUCUUGCCUAAGUUCGGGAUGGAUGAGUAAAACAUUUUAUUUUAGAUCAAUACAAUAUAAAAAUGAAAAGAAAAACCUUAUGCAGGUUUCCUGACUGCUUUUACAAAGUGACCAUUGUAAUGCAUAUAAUAGUUACGGCAGUGGUGUAUUGCGAGUGAGGGGAGAUUCAGAUUGUUAACUGCAGUGGACAUAGUAAGAAAACUUUGCAUGGAAAGACAUUCCCUUGUAUAACCGAUACUGUUCAAGUCUAGAACGAAAGUAGAUCUGCUACUAAAAUUUGGCUGCUUAAGAUAAAUUAGUUUGUAACUAAUCCUGAUAUUUUGUAUCUUGUUGUAUGUUUGUUAUCUUUCCGACCACCCUUUACUUCCGUAUUUCCAAAAUUUUGCCAUUACCAAAGCGUGUUUGCUGACUAAAUCAUAACUGGACAAUCGAUUAGUAAGUGGUCAUAAAGAUACAGUCUAAAUACGAGCAAACUGGGGAUAAUGUUAUCAUAGAGACAAUUUGUAAAAUAACAAAUCCACUUACAGUGCAGAAAGGAAUAUUGAAAUCAUUACAAGUAUUUGUUUGGUUUAUGACAUCAUGUUUCGUUUAUAGUUGAUUAACACUAGUCAUAAAAUGCACAAUGAAGUAAAUUCUGACUCAAUGACUUUAGAAAUGUUGCAAAAGUUUCGCUUUAAUCAUAUAUCCUGGUUCAAGCCAUUUUUACAUGUAGAUUGAAUUAUUAUACAAUAAGCUGCUGAGUAACGAGUAGCUAAAAUAAUUUGCUUUACGAUGACUUAGCCCCUAAACAUGAAUUUAACAUACUCUCAUAAAAAAGCUGACGUUUCCGCUUCUUGUAGAUAAUUUCACGUACGUGCCAGGACUAAAUUUAGUCUUGAAAAAAAAAAGAUAUCUGUUGCUGGAACUGUAAUAAUCCUAUUUGAUGCUACGCUAGCGAUGCGGUAGCCAUUCUGUUUAAGUCAAAAAUCAUAACGGACAAUUUCUAACCAGAUGCUGGUCUGCAUGUGACCUCCCUACCAACAGAAAUGCAAGAAACUUGUAGAAGGCGGGAUAAAUAAACUAUUCUCUGGAUAUGUAUUAAGAAUGUGUCUGCUUAAUUGUUGAGAAUAAAUUAGAUAUAUUUGUAUCAUUAUUUAUGAUUUCUAUCUUUUUUACCUAUUUUGACAAACAGUUUUUAUACUAGUAAAUAUUUCUAUUUGUAAA